AUGUUUUUCUCUCUUUCCCUUCCACUCUCUGAAAAGCAGUGGAAAAAAUAUCCUCAGGUCAAACAGCUAGAAAGUAGCUGAGCCCAGAUUCUGGCUCCAGAGGCUGGACUCUUAACUGCCACAGGCCAUACCACUUUUGUAUCAGGACAGAUCUAAAGUGUACUGGCCCCAGCCAUCCUUACUGAGGGGUCACAAUCCAGAGUUUGGGAGCCCCAGGCUUAGACAACUUGACUGCCCUUCACAACCUUAAAGACCCGGGCUCAGUAGAGAUGUAUUUUCAAAACUACAUUUGUGGAGGGAAAAGGUUUGGGGCACAGUUUAGGCUGGACUGGAAUUGAGAGAGAAUGCCUUUGUUCUCAGCAGCCUUGGGGAAGAACUGAAGACCUUGGGGAGCAGUAGCAAUUAAAGGAGGGGCGGGGUUCAGGACAGGCUUUCAGCUGCCCUGGAUUAUCCUAGGUCCAGCAACCCUUUUUGUCAUGCAUAGGUGAUUUCCUUUCCCUCUUUUGUAACACCUGGUGUUUGUAUGUUAGUUUGAGUAUAUGUACAGUGCCCUUGUUGGACUCUAGAAAAGCCAGGCUCCUCCCAGAAGUGGCACUUUGGGAUCAAAGGGCACAAAUGGUCUGGUUUGGUUUUAUUUAAUGAGAGUAACUUUUUAAAGUCUGAUAAUAACAGUAAUGCAUCAAAGUUACAUAGUGGUUAGGUAGUUAACCAUUAGUUACAAUGUUACUAGUUAUUAUCUCAGGGUUUGGGGGCCGUUAUGAGGGAUACUUAAUAUUAUUCAAUGUUUUAACUUUUUAUAAUAAAAAUAUAUAAUGCUCCUUGUUAAGCAUUUUAGAUAAUAUAGGAAGGUACAAAGAAAAAAGUAAAAGUUGUCUAUAAUCCCAUUUUCCAGGGGUAACCACUGUUAAUAAUGUAUUUCUUUCUACACAUUUUUUCUACACUUAUUUUUAUAUGUGUGUGCGCAUUUAUAUCUCAAAAAUAGGAUGGACUGUUUUUCAAUGCGCUUAUAUUAUUUGGCAGUGGUAACAUCUUCCUAUUCAAUAAAUAAGUUUCUGAAAGCAUCACUUUUGGUGGCUACAUACUGUUCUGUCAUAAAUAUACCACAUAUUAUCUAGCCAGUCCCCUACUGUUAAGCACAUGGGUUGCCCCCUUUUUUAAAAAUGUUACGAAGCCUACAGUAGAGAAUAUCUGUGGAACUUCUUUGGGUGAGAAGUGGAAUUGCUGGGCAAUUCCUCUCGCCUUUUUUGGUUUUCUUUUUUGUUAACAUUGCCUAAUUAAAGCAGGAAAAUUAUUGCUGUCUGACAUGGAGUACUUGCCUGGGUUUUUCAGGACAGGAAGAUGCCACCCAAACGUGUGGCUAAGAAAAGGUCACCCCCAGAAGAUGCCCUCCCCAAAAGCAAGAAAGUGAAGGACCCUCGUAACCAGGCAGUGAGGGCCGUUGCUUCCCACCGAGUUCCAGGCGCCCGCUCCGCCCGAGGUGCUUGCAGGCCGAGCCUUCCUGACCUGAAAACCCGACCAGUCUCACAUAGGUCCCACCGCACAGAACCGGGCUUGGUGCUGACACUGGGCCAGGGUGACGUGGGCCAGCUGGGACUGGGCGAGAAUGUGAUGGAGAGGAAGAAACCAGCCCUAGUACCCAUUCCAGAAGACAUUGUACAGGCCGAGGCUGGGGGAAUGCAUACCGUGUGUCUAAGCAAAAGUGGCCAGGUCUACUCCUUCGGCUGCAAUGAUGAGGGUGCUCUGGGAAGGGACACAUCAGUGGAGGGCUCAGAGAUGGUUCCCGGGAAAGUAGAACUGCAAGAGAAAGUGGUACAAGUGUCAGCAGGAGACAGUCACACAGCAGCUCUCACCGAGGAUGGCCGUGUCUUCCUCUGGGGCUCCUUCCGGGAUAAUAAUGGUGUGAUUGGGCUCUUGGAGCCCAUGAAGAAGAGCAUGGUACCCGUGCAAGUACAGCUGAGUAUGCCUGUGGUGAAGGUGGCCUCAGGAAACGACCACUUGGUGAUGCUGACAGCCGAUGGUGACCUCUACACUUUGGGCUGUGGGGAGCAGGGCCAGCUGGGUCGUGUGCCUGAAUUAUUUGCCAAUCGUGGUGGCCGGCAGGGUCUUGAACGACUCCUGGUCCCCAAGUGUGUGAUGUUGAAAUGCAGGGGAAGCCGGGGCCAUGUGAAAUUCCAGGAUGCUUUCUGUGGCGCCUACUUCACCUUUGCCAUCUCCCUCGAGGGCCAUGUAUAUGGCUGUGGUCUUUCAAACUACCAUCAGCUUGGAACUCCAGGCACAGAAUCUUGCUUUGUACCCCAGAACCUGACAUCCUUCAAGAACUCUACCAAGUCCUGGGUGGGCUUCUCUGGUGGCCAGCACCAUACAGUCUGCAUGGAUUCGGAAGGAAAAGCAUACAGCCUGGGCCGGGCUGAGUAUGGGCGGCUGGGCCUUGGGGAGGGUGCUGAGGAGAAGAGCAUACCCACCCUCAUCUCCAAGCUGCCCUCCGUCUCCUCAGUGGCUUGUGGGGCCUCUGUGGGAUAUGCCGUGACCAAGGAUGGUCGUGUUUUUGCCUGGGGCAUGGGCACCAACUACCAGCUGGGCACAGGGCAGGAGGAGGAUGCCUGGAUCCCCAUGGAGAUGACAGGCAAACAGCUGGAGAAUCGCGUGGUUCUAUCUGUGUCCAGCGGGGGCCAGCACACAGUCUUACUAGUCAAGGACAAGGAACAGAGCUGAUGAAGUCUCUGAGGCCCCUGGCUCCCAGCCCCCCGCCCCUCCCUCCUGGAACAUGGAAGCCGUGAUGACUACAGACUCCAGCAGGCCUCCCCCAGCCCCAAGUACUUUGUCAUCUGCCUUUUUUCCAUCCACAAAACAGAACCACUUUCCUCUUUUUCUUCCUCCUUUCUGGAAUUAUCCUGUAACCUACAGGAUGAAGGGGGGGAAUGGAGGAGUGGAGUGGGCUUUGUUGGAAUGUUGCUCACCCUAGAACUAUGUGAUUAGACCUUUCCUUAUCAUCCCUACCUCCCAUGGUCCUGGCUGACCCUGGUUUUGUCUACCAAAAACCAAAACUUCCUCCCCUGGAGGGUUUGGUUCCUACGCCCUGAGAAGUUUGGGCUCCUACUCUAGUCACAUGCCCACUCUUCCUGUCCUUCACAAUCCACAGGCAGACAGAUGGUACAGGUGUCAGACCCAGCUGUCAUGCACCUAUGCCUGGGGGAAACUGGAGAAGGGCAGGGCUACCAACCAUGGGCAAGUCCAAGCCAAAUAUUUGGCCCUGAGCAAGUGUCCAAGGGGCAGGAAAAAACAAUGAUCCUCCACUUGAUCAAGAAAAGAGCCAAUCAGCCUCUCUCCCAGAAGCACAAAGCAUUCUGCCCUGCACUGCCCAUCCAGCCUGCCUCACCUUGUAGCCAAGGGCCUGAAAUCUGGAAAGGAAGCUAGGCCUGCAGAGCAGGAUGUUGGGGGAGAGGGGAAGGAGGGUUUUAUAAACAAAUGUAGCAAUAUCGAGAGUGAAGGGGAGGGCAAGGAAGAGGGUUGUAUGGGCAGAGGCUGGUCCCCAGAAAGGGAAGCAGAAGCUUGUACAGUGUCUGAGAAAAUAGCAAGCAGUUUGAUUUUUUUUUAAAUAUAAAGUAUUUUAGAAGAGAGUGAAAUCUUUUAACAUUUUGAAUAAAUUUAGAGUUUUAUAAAACAGGCCACUUGUUUUCUACACAUUCCCUGCUUUUUUAAGGGAACAUUGCUGUGUUGGGAAGGGCAAGGUAAGCCCACACCUGUGAACUUGGUCAAGACUACGACUUAAGGUGAUGUCAAAAUGUCCUGAUGUGUGCCUGUCAGCUGUUGAUGUGACUGUUCCAUACAAAUCAAAAGAGAGUUGAUUUUUGCUUAGGUAUUUAUUUCAGGAAUCACUGUAUUUAAAAAAAAAAAAAUCCUGCAUAAUAUGAGAGACAUGGAAUGGUUCUUUCAACAUCCUAAUCCCAAACCAAGACAGUACAUCUCUAGAAAUACUAAGCUUGCUGUUGUAUCACUUUCAACAGCUGAUAUAAUUCAUUAAACAUGAUUAACUGCACAGUAACUCUUAAGACAACUUAUGCAUAUUAAUGUAGAUUUUCACAGGCAUUUGAGCAAAUCAUAGAGCUGACCUGUCCAAUAUGGUGGUCACUAGCUAUAUGUGGCCAUUUACAUUUAAAUUAAUUAAAAUUUGUAAAAAUUUAAAAUGAACUUCCUCUGUUGCACUAGCCACAUUUCAAAUCCUCAGUAAUUACAUGUGGUUAGUGUUUGUGGUAUUGGGCUAUGCAAAUGUAGAAAUGCAUAGAACAUUCCUAUAAUUGCAGAAAGUUUCAGUGGACAUUGUUGAUAUGUAUAACAGGAAAGUUUUAUUAGUGCCAGGAGGGUUCUUGGAUGUCAGUGACUCUUGGAAAAAUGAAUAUGAUGUAAAAUAACUUGAAA